AUGUCGACCGCCACGACCUCCGCCCCGCCAAACCUCUCUGCCCAGUGGACUGCUCUCUCUGACGACAAUGUCUCGCUGGACAACGUGAAGCAGCUGCUCGAGCCUAUUCGCGACGACCUCUGGGUCUCUGCUGCCUGUGCUGACCGCAUUCUCGAUGACGCGACCGUACAGAGGUCCCUGCUAGACCUUGGACUUGAGAGAACCGAUGCGGCUGCCUCGCGCGCCAGGAGCGCUGCUAUGCAUCCAACAAGAGGCUCCUUGGAAGGCGCGGAUGGGUUUGAGGACGACGAGGAAACCUUGAGUCCUUCGACGUCCCGCGCACGGCAUGCCACACUCGCGUCAUAUUUCUCCGACGAGACCGCGGAUGCGCAGCUAUGUCACAUACGCGCUGUCUUGCUGGAGCGACUGGACCGCUUGAACACGUUUGUCCAGAUCUGCAGGGAUGCCCCCGCCGCGGACGAGGACGAGGAGAACACCAUUGACGAGGAGUGGGAGGACGACCCGUGGGCGGACGGUCCUGCUGAACCUUCUCAAGCGACGUCGUCCAAGUCAUCUGGCAAACCCCCAAUACCACUCUCCACGUUUGUGACAUCUGACCUAGUAGAGGUAGCAUGCCUCCUGGCAUCGCAGGAGAACUUCACUGCUCUCCGGAUCCUCAUGGAGCACCAUGCGUCGACCCUGUGGCCGUUCAGGUUCGCCAUUCUCGACUGCAUACCGGAGUACGCACUCGCCGCAGAGUACAGGGACCUACUCCCAUCGUUCGAACUCGCCUCCGACACGGAACAGAGGCUACCGCCGAAGCCAUGGAGGGAUGAACCCGACUUCGUGGAAACACCAGAAUGCACCCAGGCACUCCAGGAGGGCGGGAUCGCCCCACCCACACCAUCUCCUGGACACGACCACCUAGUCCCAGUACCAGAACCGCUAUCAGCAUCAGAGUUGUCGUCAUGGUACACACGGAGGAUUGACUAUGUUAUCUCUUCUACCGGUAUGGUUGACGCAGCACUAGGCCUCGUGCAACAUGCGGCUUCGCAAGGUGUUCCAGGGCUUGAUGAGGCCGGGGAGGACCUCACUCUUGUCGCUCGUCUCGUCUACGACGCGCCUCAGGCUGAAGACAAUGCGGCGGAGGACUGGUCUCUUUCGAGGUGGCGGUCGAUGGAACCCGCAGACGUUGUCCGGGCGUAUCUUGCAUACGCUACGGAGGAGACAGUCGCGCAUGAUAUUCAGCGCCUGGUCAUGCCCUAUCUUUUCGUCCUGGAGUCGCGAGCGGAACGCGCAGGGAAGCCUGACGCGGCUCUUCCUACGCGACUUCUGUACGACUACAUACUGAACGCCCCGUUGGGCAUCGUCGCUGCCAUCUUCGAGGCGUCGAAACCCACGCUCCCGCAAGGUCGACGAGUCAUCCGAGACGAUGAAGCCAUGGCCCGCCUCGCGCUCGCAUGCCUCUACGGGAGCGACCGCAUCGACGACUGGCCGACCAUGAGCCGCAUAUUCGAGUGCCUUCCGGCUUGGGAUGCCCCCGAGGAAGAUGGAGACGAGGCCGACGAAGCCGACACCACCAUCGCCUCGCUGGGUGCCUUCGUCACGCCCUCUGCCACACGCCCCCGCGCGACACCGUCGGAUCUACUCAUCUUCUGUACUCCCUUACCCACAUCUUCGCUAUCCCGCGCCCUUGAUGUCCUAGAUGUGCACCUCGAGUCCGGGGAAAUCCUUGCGCGUUGGAGCGUGCCGGCGCCCCUGCGUUGGUUCCUGCAGAGCAAUUCAAAUAUCUCGGAGCAACGUGCACGGGCGAAUAGGAUGGCGCGCCGGGCCAACGCGUCCGACGACAAGCUCGAGACGCAAGAGGAUUGGGAGUGGCUGUUGGAGGACAUGCUCAAGCUCUCGGGCUCUGGAGAGAGCGGGUCACGAAGCGCGUUCUGUCUGCUGUCCAAGGACGACAUCAUCCGCAUAUUCUUGAGUGGCCUGCUAAGUACCGGUAACUUUGAUAUUGCGAAGAAGCUUCUGCACUCCUCUAGCGUUCAGCUUUCCCUCGACCAUCAAGUCGUCGAAGAUAUCUGCCUGGCAUGCUCUCAAGAAUUUUACGACAACGCGACUUCAGGCAACUACCACUUCGGAGACAUGAAGCUGGCGUAUGACUGUCUCGACGUCCCCGCGCCCUCAGAGCGCAUCAUUCAGGAGAAAGAGUUCAUCGAGGCCACCUCCCGGCUCUGCUCCUUCAACCUCACUUCCCGUCCUGGGAUCCCCAUCUCCCCAAUCGAGAUCCGCCUCACCAAGGAUCGCCUCUCAUUGGUUUCCCGCGUACUUUCGUCCAACAACGACGCAUACAAGCACACCGAGGUCAUUCUCGACCUCGUCCACAAACUCGGCUUCCGCCGCGACCCCGUCGCCGCCGUCAAGACGCUCGCCAUGCUCGCUGAGACCGCCCUCCAAUCCGACGACUACCCGCGCGCCUACGCCGCCGCCGCACAAAUGGUCGACACCACCCUCGCCCUCCGCGCCUCCGCCUCGAGCGCCCCCGACCCCUCGCAGGUCGAAGCGGCGAGCGAGGUCUGCUGGCUGACGUGCUUCCAGCUCGGGCGCCACCCCGAGCUGCCCGACGUCCCGCAGAAGCUCGCGCUCCUCGCGCGCGCGCUCGAGUUCUGCCCCGCCGAGAAGCUGCCCGACAUCCUCGCGGCCUGGCGCCCGCUCGAAGCGGACGACCUCGCGCGCCGCCGCGAGUCACUCGCGUCGCGCAAACGGGGCGCACGCCGCGUGAGCAACAGCGCGCCGCGGCAGCGCACGCUGUACGGGGCCGAUGCGGUCACGGCGUCGCUCGCGAGCCGGCUGCAGAGCAUGCACAUGCCGGAGCUGCACAUCCCGCACUCGCCGGACGCGGCCGCGCUCGCAGGCAAGGCGUUCGGCGCCGUCGCGGCGAACAUCCCGUUCUCGUUUGGCGGGCGCGGGCGGUCGUACAUGUCGGACGACGGCGAGCGGGAGAGGAGUGGGAGCAGGGGCCCGCGGGCGGCGGCGGACGGCGCGCAUGUCGUGUCGGAGCAGGCGUCGCGCGUGCUGCAGAAGGGGAUUGGGUGGUUGCUGGGCGCGGACGAUGAGUAGGGACUUGGGACCGUUAUGUUAUCUAUGUAUGUAGGCGGUCAGGAUGGGUCUGUUUCUCACUACACAUGUUGUUGGUGAAUCACUGAGGUAUACG